UUCGUGCAGUUGGUUCGUGCCAUGGUUGAGCAAAUCCUUCCCAACCGGCUCCGGUUAUACAUUAUCAACAAACUCAAGGACUACUUCUUCCCUCCUCUGAGCUCUGAAGACAUGACUCUAAUGAUCAACCUAUACUCUGCCUCUCGGAUGACUGAAAACCAAGUCUAUGACGCUGCAGAGGUCUAUCUUGCAUCCAAGAUCAAACCCUCCGAGAAGCUCCUCCUAGUGAGCAAAAGCCGUGAUCAGAAGACCAUCAGUUUCGCCAAUGCGAAACGUGACACCAUCAUCGAUACAUUUGAGGGGAUUGAGCUCAAGUGGAGCCAUUUCUGCCCCUCAAAGAGAUCAGAUGCUGUUCAAGAUGACUAUGAGCCACAAAAACAUCACUUUAACUUGACGUUUCACGCCAAACACAAGGCAAAAGUGAUGGAGUGUGAGAGGGUAUUUGUUGUAUGGUCCUCCGGGAACUGGCAAAUCAAGCUUGAUAGCAGCCAUGGCUAAUCAUCUCAAGUUUGACAUAUAUGAUUUGGAGCUUUCUAGUAUUUCUAGAAACUCAGACUUGAGGAGUGCGUUUCUCUCUACUUCAAACCGUUCUAUUCUGGUAAUUGAAGACAUUGAUUGCAGUGUGGAAGCCAAAAACCGGGGUGCAGCUGGGAUGUUCAUGGGGAGUAGAUACAAUAGACCACCUGAUAUGAAGUUUACACUCUCAGGCCUACUCAAUGUCAUUGAUGGUCUGUGGUCAUGUGUUGGAGAUGAAAGAAUUAUCAUCUUCACUACUAACCACAAGGAUCGGCUAGACCCUGCAUUGUUGAGACCUGGACGUAUGGAUGUGCACAUUCACAUGUCCUAUUGUACUCCAAGCGGGUUCAGGAUCUUGGCCUCUAACUACCUUGGCAUUCAUGAGAACAACCCUCAUCACCUCUGCGGAGAAGUUGAAGGGUUGAUACAGAGCACAGAGGUGACCCCUGCCCAGGUUGCUGAGGAGCUUAUGAAGAGUGAUGAUGCUGAUGUUGCUCUUGAAGGGAUUGUUAAUUUUCUCAAAUGCAAGAUAGAGGCUGAUAGCAAGAAAACAGAGGAUGAAGGGACUAAGGAAGCAGAGACUUUCGAAGAAGAGUCGGAUUCUGGAUUUUAGAGAAAGUCAGGCUAGUUUUAUUGGGUACCAUUAGUAUUAGUUCUCAGCUUAGGAGCAGAAUGAGUU